AUGAAUCCCAGGGGCCUAAGCAGUGCAGCAAAUACCUCUGCUCCUAGUGUUGGUGCGAGCUCAGUGAUUACGGAUGCCAACUCUGCACUCUCUGGCGGAUCACACUUGCAGGGAAGUGGUGGCAGCAUCAAUGCUGACUUGUAUCCGCGCCUGCCAGCGUCUCCAUUGUCUUUCUCAUCCAAUAUUUCUGGUUCAUCCGUGAUGGAUUGCUCUUCAAUCGUGCAACAAUACCCCCAUCAGGAGCAGGUGCGGAAACAUGGGACUUCUACCGCUACAUCUCAGUCAUCGCCGCAAGAGAUGAGCAAUGUUUUGCAAGCGCACAAGAAACCUAGGUUUGAUAUGAGACACGAGGCUAUUCUCCAGCGGCAGGUCGGUCAACAACUUCUGCAGAGACAGGACACCAUACCGCAGCAGAGUGAGAUCAAUCCACAGAUCCAAGCUCUCAUCCAUCAGCAGAGACUGCAACAACGACAGCAGCAGCAGCAGCAGCAGUCGCAGAUGUUUCAGCCUCUUCCAUUAAUCCAACGUGCGCACAUGCUGCAGCAGCAACAGCAGCAUCAACAACAGCUGAACCAGCACCUGCAGCAGCAGCAACAUCAGCAUCAACAACAGCUGAGUCAGCAUCUGCAGCAGCAGCAACAACAGCAUCAACAACAGCUGAGUCAGCACCUGCAGCAGCAGCAAUCACCCCACGUCAGACAUCCUUCUGAUACUAAUAUAUGUGCCCGCCGACUUAUGCAGUACAUUUAUCACCAACGUCAUCGCCCACCUGUGAGUUGAUGGUCGAAGUUGGAUUUUGCUGUUUUUGUCGCAUGAAGUUUCCUCAGCAUCAUAUAAAAUGCUGUAUUUAUUUCUUCCCCAGGAAAACAAUAUACUUUAUUGGAGAAAAUUUGUGAACGAGUACUAUGCUUCAGGAGCUAAGAAAAGGUGGUGCUUGUCAUUACAUAAUAAUGUUGGCUGCCACACACUUGGCUCUUUCCCCCAGGUAGCUAUGGUUUUCUUCCUUACUGCCUACACUAUUCUUCUGUUGGCUCAGGGCGUUAUUGAGUUCUGGUUAUGAAGGUUCUGCAUGCACAUUCUCAGGUUGGGAAGACUAUGCUAGAUAAACAUUCAUAAACAUGCAUAGGGACGUGGGUGUAAUUUUUUCCACACCAUGCUUGGAUUGCGUUACAUGUUUCCUGAAUUUUUCUGCUGAAUUGUUGCAGGAUUCAUGGCACUGCAACAUAUGCGGGUCUAAGUCUGGAAAGGGUUUCGGUUAGUAAUUCCGUAUUAUGAGCCUGUUGUGGACUUGAUUUCAAAUUUACACUGUCAUGAAGAAAUUUUAUUGAUUCUUCUGAACAUGUAAUGCUAAAAUGCACGAAUAGCUUUCAGUAAAAAGUGAUUAUAAUGUCUCCUUACAAAUGCUAUUGAACUGUUCCUGUGCGUUUUGUGAGAGUUUGAAGUGGGAUGGCACGUUGGGAGAUAUUCUUAUCCUUGUGUACCUUUUAGCACGAAGUUGGGUCUACCAUUUUUGUGUGCCUAGUCUUUUGACUUUUCUUUUAUUUUCUUCGCCUAUUGCUUCGUCAGAGUGGAUUUUUUUCAUUGUACUCUUAAGACACAUACAAAUUAGAAAAAGGUAUCUGAUGAUUAUUUUCCCUUUUAUUGUUGAAUAUUCCUGAUCUUGUCGUGCUAUUUAAAUGUAUGCAAUCACAUCGCAUUAUGAUACAUACUUUGAUAUCUGUGUGGGUACGCAUAUCUGUUCGAGUCACUGCAAGUGUCAGAUUUUAUUUAUGGAAGAGAAGAGGAGAUUCAUCAAAUAACUGGUUAUUAUCAAAUAAUGGUUUUAUCCUCUUGAAAAAAGUUACUCUUGAUUUGUAAUUUUUCGUUUGUUCGAAGGGCAUAUUUCCAUUGCUUGUCAUUUUAUUUGGAGCAUCCUUGUCGUACAAGGGAUUUAUGGUGUUUUAUUUCAUAUGUUAUGUUCUGGUGUUUACUUCAUACCUCUUCCUGAUUGCUUACGUCCUGGUGUAUGAUUAAUGCUAAUUUAUGUGUUCUCUAUGUGAACAGAGGCUUCUUUUGAAGUGCUUCCUAGGCUAAAUAAAAUAAAAUUCGACAGUGGAGUCCUCGAUGAACUUCUGUUUCUUGAUCUGCCCCGAGAAUCUAAAUUACCAUCAGAAAUGAUGCUGUUGGAGUAUGCAAAAGCUACUCUGCAAAGCAUCCAUGAGAAUCUUCAUGUUAUUCAGGAGGGCCAACUACAAAUCAUAUUUACAGCUGAUUUGAAAGUAAGUGGUCUUAGGGAUCUAGUACUCUGUUGAGUCACUGCAUUUCCAGUGUACAUGCCAUACCUUCGAAGACAAUUUGCAUCUUCGAGGGUUAUUUUUCCAGUCAGUACAAAUAUUUCAAAGUGGUUUCUGGUCUUUGUAGCUGGGAAGCCAUGAUUCAUCCUUUUUUUCUUCAGAUAUUGUCUUGGGAUUUCUGCGUACGACGCCAUGAAGAGCUUUUGCCUCGACGACUUGUAGCUCCUCAGGUGCUUUAGUUUUCUGGCCACACACCACUUACAUGUUCCUCUACACUGACUCUUUGUUUUGUGCAAAAGGUUCAUCAGUUUAUUUUCAUUUUUCUCGGAUAGCAUUUCAUGUUUGAUCUUAUGAUCAGAGACUUUCAUUCAUUGAAUGCUUGCUAUUGAGAGACUACUAUCUUUGAGGUUUCAUAGCAUGGGGAUGCUUCCCCGUUGUUAUAUCAAAUCAUCCAUCCCACAUUCUUUACGCAUUUUUAGCUUUCUAGAGUUCAAUAUUCUGACAUUACCUUUUGAAGGUUGUAGUUUAACUGUGGGAUUCUUUUUCCCACUUUUCUGCUCGUUUCCUGUAAAAAAUAAUUGUAUUUCUUCCUAUGUCGCCUGGGUUAUACGAAUCUCCUCAUGGUACUCUGAAGAAGUCCUAUGUUAUCCUGUACAAAUGUCAUGCUACUUUCUCAACUACGAUUUCUUUGCUAGAUAAUUAACUCAGGCUGUCAUGGUGAGACCAUGUGAUGAUGAUGUUGUCUUCAUUUUCUUAUUUGUAUUCCUCUUUGCUGGGACACGUGUUACCUCUGAUAUUUGUAUCCUACGAAAUGAUGAUCUUCUUCUUCCUGCACUCAAUGGCUACCAUGUCCAACGGUUAGUACCCUAUGAUUUUCUCUUAGCAUGCACCAGUCACUGUUUCAUUGCUCUGAGUGUUAGCUUUUUGGCUUCCUACUAGAGAGAGAACAUUCUUUUACCAUGAACUUGACCCGCAAUUCUUAAACCAUGCAUAAAGAACUUUAAUUUUCCGGACCAUUAUGAUUUAUGUUUAAUUUUCUAUUGGCCUGUUUGGUACUAGUUGUAAUCAUUUUCAGUUUACUCUUAACAUUUUGCAAGAUUAUUCUAGUUUUGUGUAGUGAUUAACCACUACAUUCCAUUUAUAGGUGAAUCAGUUCGGGCAAGUUGCACAGAAGUAUCAAAGUGGAGUAUCUGAAAACGGAUCUGCAGGGCUCUCCCCUCAGGAUUUGCGAGCAUACUUAAAUAUGUGAGUGAGCUGGGUUUUUAAAUAGUGUGGCAGUGUUGGCUGAAGCCAAUCAAAUGAACAAAAGUUUUUUUCUAGCUCUCAGAUUAAAUCAAAAUAUUUUACAAUGAGGCUACCUGCAUUGCUUUUCUUUCCGUGUUCAAGUAUAAACUUUCUUGUCGUCUUGAUUGCCAUGUGCGUUUACACGGUAUUGCUCAUACACUUGUACAUUAAUAGUUUCAUGAAAGCAUAGAAGCGUUUUAUCGUAGGUUACUUCUAAAUAUUAAAAGUUUAAAAAUGGGGUACUGGCCUCUUAUUUUUAAUCUAAUAUCAAAAAUCUCUGUCACUGUAAUGCAAUUAUUUUGGUUUCCUGCAGAGUGAUGAAACGGGGCAUUUAGAGAUAAGACCCUGCCCUGCUUAACUUGCCCUUUCCAAAGAGAAUCAUAGGGUCAGCUAAGCAAAGCUCAUAACGUAGCAUCAGCGCAUCUCUCAUAUGUCAACUGUAACACUAUUUCUGAGAAACUUUAUCGGUGUUGCUAUGUUGUAUGGCUCGUACUCUCGUCCUCUUACAAGAUAUCUUUUUGAUCGAUUCCAAUGAACUCCAUGGAUCAAUUAUAUAAUCUGAUAGAACUGAUGCAACAUUCGAUCCUGCCAAUACGUCCUUUGCCAAAGCCCAUUCAUUGUAGCACUCCUAAGAUACAUUCUCAUGUCACUAGCUUUUUCUUCUAUUGCCUUUUCAUUUCAUUAUCCUUUGGCUACCGUAAGUUCUUCUGAAUUGGCCACCUUCUGAUGAAACCGAUCGAGUUGCAAGUGAUCACCUUUUCUCAAAAAAUUAUAAUUUGACUUGCAAGCAAUUUUGCAAUAGAUUUUUUGAUUCUGUUAAGAAAACUAAUCCGCCAAAAUAAUGUGCUUUUUUAGUUUGAACCAAUCUGUUUUGUCAAUCAUCUUCUAAAUGGAAGUCACACAAAACGCGAACCAUCUAUGGUUUUGGAAAUCUGCAUGAAUGCCAUCUAAGUCAUGCGAACUUACUUUGAGUUGACAUUUGGCAUGGGUUCAAAGCCGUGGAAAUUUGGCUGGUGACAGUCCAAAGAAAUCCUCUUUCUUCAAUAAUGAUGUUGAUCCCUCUUUCAAUCGGUUCAUGUGUUUUUUUUUUUUGGUUGACUUAUUUCAGAGAAGUAGGAAUCCUCAAUCUGAUAAUCGAUGCAACCUGAGAAGCUUUUCAAAUGUUUGGUAUUAUGGGGUUAAUUACUUGCGAUACUAAGCAUCCUAUACUGGAUGCCCGUGCCUGUUCAAUUCAGUUCCUCUGUAUCACUUGAUGGCUUGUUCUUACCAGUUUUCUAGGGGCCCAGUGAGGCCAUCGGAACCGAAUCGAUCCAUUGAUUCCACCAUAUUGCUAAAUGUAGUCAUUUCUGCAGGUUCAUGGUGGCGGGACGCCAUCUAGCAAGAAGUCUUGAAUCUCACUCAUUGAAUGACUUGGGAUUUUCUAGAAGAUAUGUGCGCUGCUUGCAGGUAUUUGGCGUGGAAUUAAAUCCUUUAUUUUCUCCUGUUUGACCAUGUUUGCCAUCAUUCAACUGGUUUUAUGGUCAACAGAUAUCAGAGGUGGUGAAUUGCAUGAAAGACUUGAUCGACUUCAGCUGGGAGCAAAAGAUUGGACCCAUUGGUUCGUCCCUUUGUCGUUUGACCGCCGGAAUUAUUAUUUUUUAAUAAUUAUUUUCAUUUAUCCGUUGCUGUCAUGUUCAUCGUUUUUUUGUAUAAAUAUAUAAAUACUUAUUAUUGUUUGAGGUAGAUGCCCUCCACUGCUCCCUGUUAUUGUUUCUAUUUUUGGCAGAAAUUAAAUGCUGUUCUUUGUCAUCUGCAGAGAGCUUCAGGAACUACUCUCAUCAUGCUGCGACCAGACGGCGGUCUGGCAGCUCAGUUCAUCUCCCUGCUCCAGCUCCGGGAUCUCUUAGGCCCACCCAGCAGCAGCUUCCGCAAGGUGGGGCAAAUAGUCCAUGGCCUCCUCCGGCCAACCUACCGCCGCAGCGGCACCAAGCGAUUCAGCAGAUGAUGCAAGAGGUGAUGAACAGCCGAGGAGCGCCGCCGCAACGGUCUGCCGAGGGGGCUACUACCGCCGCCGCCACGGCCACCGCCGGCGAUGGGAAUCCUCCUGAGGGCGUAUACGGCGGCGGAAUUGCUGGCAGCUCGGCGGCGAGGGUGCCACCAGAGCCUACUGGAAAUGGCGGCGGGAUGGUCUGGAGCAGGAACAGCAGCUUCAAUUCCGUCUCCAGCAACCAGAUGCCCGUUGACUUAUUGCCAGCUGAUGCCCAUCUCCCUGACUUGAUCCAGGAAAUCUCCCAGGAGCUGCAGGAUGGCGGAUUGUUGACCGGUGACUGGGGAUGGAAUUCGUGA